GGGUUCAUAAGAGGCUGAUUGGCGGAGCGGUUGAGCUGAAGGAGAGGAGCGGAGACAGCGCUGUGUUUCUGUUUUGAGUGUUUACUGAGUUUAUUGAGUUUAUAGAGUUUAUAUAGUUUAUAACCGGAGUUUAACCUGUGGAAUAUGGACGCGGUACACAGACACAGAUCCCUGUAUAAGGGCACAACUCCGCCGUGGAAGGAGACCUACAGAAAGCGCUGCAUGGAAAGGCUGAAGAACAGUCGUUCUCGGUUACUGGAGAAGUAUCGUCAGAUGUCUGAGAUGUCUGAGUGCACUGGGACCUCAGAGAGCUCUUUGCUGGUCCAGGAGGUGAUGGAGAUGGAGUGGAAUACCUUGAAGUCUGCCAACCAGUCACUGCCGUCAUUGUGGAAGAAAACUGGCGUUAAAGAUAUGUACAGUGACCCGCAAGAGUACGACGAACUGGCAAUUCUAGAGGAAAUCCAACAGGAGCUCAUGUCUCAAGAACGUUCCAUCAUAGAGGAGUACCACAAAAGCCAGCAGUAUGAAGAACAGUAUUUAAAUGUAGUCGUGGAGGGAAUGGAGGAAGAUGGAAAGCUCAUAUGUCCUGUAUGUCACGUAAAUAAUCUGACCGUGAACAGUCACUUCACGUCAUGUGUUUGUGGUCUUUACAUCAACACUGUGGGGAGGAAUGUCACACCAGAAGUCCUCCAGCAUCUACUUGAGGCAAGAGUAACUGAACACAUGGAGGAGUGUUUCCAGAACCCCACAUUCUCAGUGGCCUCCAACAUAGACGGUUCAGCUAACCUUAUGAUAAGCUGCAAGGUGUGCGACUACCUCUCCAUCGUCCUGUGAUGCAAUCCUGAAUCACGCUGAGCAUUAUGGGAUGUGGUGCCCUCCUAUCCUUGGGUUUCCUUUUUAAAUAUUUGUAUUUUAUUUCUGUGAAAUAAUAAUAAUAAUAAUAAAGCUCUAUUUAGUCACUUUAAACUUUUUAAAUACAUUAUUGUACAGUGUGUAUUGCUGGUGUAUAGCUCUAAAGCACUAAAGCUGCUGCUACUUGGGUCAAGCUUAUAUUAAUGCACAUCACAUUAGGGAAAAAAAAACUUCAUGAUAUGUUAAAGUAUAUUGCAGUUCUAUGAAUGCAAGAAUACAGCAAUCAGCCAUAACAUUAAAACCACUUAUGUGACCUAGAGGAUCAAUUAUGCUGCUUCUGUGGGAUGGGUUCGAGGGGUAGAUAUACAGUAUUUGGCAGCAUAUAAACAGAAAAAGGCAUAAACAAGCCUGAACCCCCUUUGAGUUUCUUUGAUUUUACCAAAUUGAAAACCUCUGGAAUAUAAUCAAGAGGAAGAUGGAUGAUCACAAGCCAUCAAACCAAACUGAACUGCUUGAAUUUUUGCACCAGGAGUAAAGGCAUAAAGUUAUCAAAAAGCAGUGUGUAAGACUGGUGAAGGAGAACAUGCCAAGAUGCAUGAAAACUGUGAUUAAAAACCAGGGUUAUUCCACCAAAUAUAGAUUUCUGAAUUCUUAAAUCUUUAUGAAUAUGAACUUGUUUUCUUUGCAUUAUUUGAGGUCUGAAAGCUCUGCAUAUUUUUAUUUCAGUCAUUUCUCUUUUUCUGCAAAUAAAUGCUCUAAAUGACAAUAUUUUUAUUUGGAAUUUGGAAAAAAUGUUGUCCGUAGUUUUUACUCUAUAAUGUUAAUUUUACUCAAACAUAUACCUAUAAAUAUCACAAAUCCACUUAAAUAUCACUAUUUUUAUAGAGUCAUAUCGCCCACCCCUAGUGGACAGUACCUACCAAACAUUUUCCAAGAACUGACGACCAGUGAACCAGCAACAGGGUCAUUGUGCCCAACACUCCAGAUCAAUGAUAGCCAUGAUGGCUCCACCUCAGAACUUACAGGAUUUAAUAGAUUUGCUGCUAAUAUCUUAAUGUAAGCCCAUGUCUGAAAAGGUCAGAACAGUUUUGUCAUAAAAGGCACCUAGACAAUAUUAGGCAGGUGGUUUUAAUGUUCUGGCUGAUCAGCUCUAGCAGUGUUUUUUUUUCCAUUACUGUGCAAAUGUUAUUUCCCAAUAUGACGUGUCUUUUUGUUAGAAGUGGUAUUAGGAACUAGGUUGAAGCUCAGUUGACUGCACUUGAUUUUAAAUAAAGGUGAAUAAACACUUGACUAA